CUGCAAUACCAAUUUACCAAAACAACAUUUUGCACUGACCUAGACUACGUUAAUUAAUACAUGAUGCAGUCGUUGCUUUUAAGGAGGGAUGAUCAGGCUACACCAACGCUUUGCUCUCAAAAAAUUUAAGAAUGUACUUGAAAAAAAUCCAACAACCCCACAGAGAAGCCAUGGUCCAUUACCAUUCAAAGCUGGGAAGGAGCAUUCGGAAUGGUACUGAGAACCUAGAGUCCAUGCAUCGGGAGCUCACAAAGCCCCUGAGCGGAGCACCUCACAAACUCCCAGCCGACUGCCCCGUCAGGCACCUCCUGCCCCAUCUGAGGAAAAGUGUGCGGUUCCCACAUUGACCUCAGCAGCCACCUCAGACCCCUCAGGAAGCAAGUCAUCCUGAAUCCCGAGGGACUGCCUGAGAAGCAACCAGCAGGCUGCACACACCCAAAGCCCUGCUAAAACCCGUUUCUCAUUUCUGUUGAUUUUUUUUAAGAUUAAAGGACUGUCGACUCAGCAUACCUUUUCGAACACUGAAGGAGAUAUGAUUAAAUCGCUUUAACAGUUGUCGUGACCUGCCUCUAUGGAAUUGAAAUGGCGUCAGACCACAAUCUUUCUCCAACCCGCCCCACAACAUAUUUCUCCCAUAAGAAUAAACUCCUUGCAGCAUUGGAGUUAGCAGACAUCCUGCAGAACACGUCGGGCCGUGUGGCCGGGACAUUCUAAGCGGCGCCCCACCGACUUUCGAGCUGAAGUUUGCUCACUCGACACAAUUUGCGGACCUUCCCGUUCUGCGUGUUUCCGCAGUGAACUACCUCGAUCAAUAGUCUGAUCCAGACACUGCGAUUAUGCUGCAUAUUUCGCUUCAGUCAGCACAGCUCCGGAAUUGUAAACUUAUCUCCUCCUUUGCAAAUCAAUUAAUCUGAAAACCCAUCGAACUGUUUCCCACCUACUCGCCCAGCCUGAAGAGGGAUCAAGUAAUGCUUUGCUGAGAAAUCCUUGAAAGCAAAAUAAUGUCAUUACUCCCUUUCAUAUACCAAUUUCAAAACUGAUUUGAUGUCACCGGUAAACAAAACUACAUCAAUUUAUAAUUACCCCCCCCCCCAUUUAAAAACAAGGCCAUUCAAACUUAAGACUGGUCUGAGGGUGUAGUGGUAAUCAAAUAUUUAUGUAAAAUACUUUGUAUUUUUGUAUUAGUGUAGUUUCCCUUAAAUUUUAAUAACUUUAAUUAUGCAUCGGUAGUCACGCAGUUUAGAAGUGGUAAUCUAGACUCCAAAUUGUUCUAUGUUCUUGGUCUUUUUAAUGGCCAUUUCUUUGCCUGCGCCUCUUGGACUCACACUCUCCAGCCUCCGCAUAAUCUCUAUGCGUUUAGCCAUCUGUGCAACACAGACUCUCUCUCCCCAGUAAGAUCUAGUUUUAUUGCAUUAUUUAAUGCUAUAAAAUGUAAUGUUGUACAAUUCCCUACAGGGCAGUAUUCAACUGAAACGAAAGGUUCUGCCUGUCUUUCUCUUCCCAAUACUGCUGCUUUUCCAGUCUCCGCAAUCUCCCUUUAGCCGAGUUUGUAUUUCCCAUCUUUAUAAAUAUCUGCAACUUAUGUUACAUUUUAUAAAAUAAAGUCCGCCCUCGCGGUGCCAAAUUAAGACAACUCCCUGAAAAAUAUUGGCAGGCGUUGCAGUGGUGUUACUGUUCCCGGCAACUCAGUGAGGUAAUGGGACUUUUGUAAAUGAUUUGUGAACCAAUCUAUAUCCCUGACACAGGAUCAGUGAAUUACAUCAUUGCAGACUGCAGGGCCAAAAUAUCUACGUGUAACUAACUUAACGCAUUCAAAUGGCUUUACAAUUUCUAAUGAAAAGCUUCACUUAUUUCAUCUCGACCAGGACACAAUGGUCGGCAUUUGUUAACUUUGCACAUACUCUCAGUUAGGCACUCAAGGGCCCUGAGUAAGUGGGCGGAGGUCGGGGGAAGUGGUCAGUUUCCAUGGAGUUAAAAGUAGUCAGGAUAUAAACAGAGGCCGAGCUGGAAGAGAAAGCUUGGUGAAAAUAAUGGAGCAAGCGGAAACUUGCCACUUCCACCCAAAGUACAUAGGGAGCGUGAGUGGUGCAAAUAACCACUUCGGAAAACGCGACGUGGAUGCUACUACCGGGCUGCAUAUUUGAUGAGAUGGGCUGUCGGGAAGAGGUUGCUCUUAUGUGCACUUCGCCAGGUGGGUCGCUGUCUGAUUACUGGGAGGCGAAGGCUCUUGCGACGCGGAGGGAGGGAGUCACGGGUGUGGGAUGGAAGUCGGCUGAGGAGAAACUAACGAGCCCGGGUCAGGGUUCCAUCUGAAACUGACCAGCAGAGCAGUCGAAGAGAAGGAGCGGAGCUGCAGUUAACCAGAGUGUAACUACAACUGACCGGGACUGCAGUCAACGGGGAGAGCGAGAGGGAGAAAUUCAGCUGAGUGUCCAAUCUGGAACGAACUCUCAUCUUGCAGGGCUGGGGAAAUUAACCAGAGCGAAUCACCUGAACCCCUGAUUGACACAGCAAUUUAAAGGGGAAGGAGCAAGAAGAGCGGAGGGGUUAAAAGGGGAGGGGCCGGCGGCUUGUUGAGGAAUAUGGCGGAGCAGAAGAAUAUCCAGUCGGCAGCCAGUAAGAGUAUUCGCCCGUUCAGAUCCAGCGAGGAGUAUCUGUACGCUAUGAAGGAGGAUUUGGCCGAGUGGCUCAACGCCCUGUACGAUCUGGAUGUCCACGUGGACGUUUUCAUGGAAGCUUUGGAGACGGGAUGCGCUCUGUGCCAACACGCCAACAACGUCAACCAGGCUGCCCUGGAGUUUGAGCAGAAGUGGCCGGAGACGGCCGGGAGGAUGAAGAUUCCCCGCAACGGGGUGACUUUCGCCUCCAGGAACGUGCAGCCCGGCUCCUUCAUCGCCAGGGACAACGUAUCCAACUUCAUUGACUGGUGCCGUCACGACCUGGGCAUUCAGGACGCUCUGAUGUUCGAGACCAACGACCUGGUCCUCCGCAAGAAUGAGAAAAACUUCGUGUUGUGCCUGCUGGAAGUGGCCAGGCGGGGGUCCAAGUUCGGUAUGUUGGCCCCCAUGUUGAUCCAGAUGGAGGAGGAGAUCGACGAGGAAAUCCGCGAUGCGAUGGAAGAGCCGCUGGACGAGGAGGCGUUCCGUCCCAGAGCCCAGAGGAGGUUGUGUGACUUUAAAAAUCUGGACGCCAUGGUCCGUGAGAUUCUCGGCCACUGUUCCUGUCCUUCCCAGUUCCCUAUGACAAAAGUAUCUGAGGGUAAAUAUAAAGUCGGUGAGACCAGCACUUUGAUCUUCAUCAGAGUUCUGAGGAAUCACGUGAUGGUACGUGUUGGAGGAGGCUGGGAUACACUUGAGCAUUACCUAAACAAGCAUGAUCCCUGCAGGUGUGCUUCGUCAACACAUCGCCAUCAACCAGUGAAAACUCCAUCCAAGACAUCCCUGAGCAACAGUCCUCUCGCCUCCAGAGCUCCAAGUCCUGGACCGCAUCGCUUCUCCGAAGGCCCAAAUAUUUCAAGGCUGCCUGAUAAUAUUAGACACAUAGACAAACGAACAACCUCUGCGGCAGAGUUGUCAAUCAUGAAACAAAAUGGAUUGUCUGCCACAACACGGGACAGACCAUUUAGCCCAAUGAACAGUGGAAGCAAAAGUGAGACAGCGAAGUACCAGGGUACACUUGCCAACCCAGCUAGUGCAGCCGAGUUGAUGAAUAAACGCUUCCAACAAUCACCGGACUUGGGAAGGACUACCUCACCUCGAUCAUACGACUGGUCAGAACCAAGGCUUUCUGGUCCUGGAAGGCGAAGGGAGUCAUCAAUGCCGCGACGGCAAGCGGGAGACUUUGAACAUGCAUCCGCCAAAACGGGUCCACAAAAAACGCCGUUGCCCCCUCGCAAAAUCUCAAGCGACGACGUUCUGAUUAUAGACCGGAGAGACGGGAUACACGUUGUACAACGGGCUGUGGCACAGCAUGAUCCAAUUCAACGGUCCAUCCAAGUGAGGCGGAGAAGCCAGUCAUCCGACCAGCGGAGCCCCCUCAAGCAAUGUGCCGAGGGCGAAGGGUCGGUCCGCCAGCCCGGAUCGGCUUUACCACAACGGGGCAGGUCGCGUCUGCCUCGGGAACCGGCCAGGGCCCCCUCCAACCCGAGGCAGAACUCACCCGUGUCAAUCAGAGGAAAGGCUCAACACGGCGAUGGACUGAGCAGCCGGAGCAGAGAGACUCCGCGUUCUCGGGGUCAUGCAGGCGACAGGGGGGACGCCGGUAAAAGGAUGGCCAGGACCAAAUCCCCCGCCCCAGCUGCAACCCAAGCAGCGCCCAGACAUCUGAAACCCACUUCUAUUCCCAGGACCAGGGCACCCAUCGAUCCAGCCAGAUCAUCCAGUCCCACACCCAAGGUGCAUGCAAGCAGACCGCCACUGUCGGUGUCGCGGACCGCCACGGCCGCCCACCAUGUGCUGCGCUACGAUAAGAACCAGAACGUGUUGAAUGUAUGUGUGGAUUCCGACGGCCGGCCGUCUUCUACGGGUUGCUGCGGUACCAGCGGGUGUUCCCCAACGUCCGAGGCGGAGAUUUUCCACCCGACUCAAGCCUUCAAAUCCCUGAGAGAAGACGAACUGUACAGGAGCUUUGAGGAGGAGUUUCUGGCCAACACCAGGCAGAUUUCGCUGGAGAGCAAUGGUACUGAGGCCAGUGAAACGUUUCUAGUCGCCAGUGAAAGCCACCCAGACGUGGAAGCGCAGCAGAAGAGCACAGACUCUGAGUGCAGACUGUCCGCUUGGAAUGGCCCGGGAGAGGAUGUAGAAACCCUGAGCCCGAGCCCGACCCCGCCAGAGCGGGCCAGCAGCCCGGAGCCGGAAGGUGGUCGGGACAGUGCAGACGGUGUGAACUGGAACGGAGGCGGCCUGGAUGGCCGUGCAGACAAUGUUCUCCAAACGAUAGAGAAGGUGGGGGAGCCCGUCCUCUCGAGUCCUCGGGGCGAAAGGGAAUUGUACACGAUGGAGCUCCACUGUCUCCCCAACCUGCCGGGACCUCCUGCGGAGGAGAAGCUGCGAAAUGAACAGGUCCCCGAGCUCACCGAAGUGGACAGAAUUAACCCCCUCCAUCUGAGCGAUGAUCCAGGGCAUGAGAACGGGGAGGGGUCCUUUAUUGAGACAUCCAGCGAGUCCUCCAUCAACCUUCAACUUAACUCGCACCCCGUCCAAAUGAGGCCGAGGAAAGGGCUGAAGAAACCCGACCGAGUACCUUCCGUCUACAAGCUGAAGCUGCGGCCCAAGAUUCGACCGCGGACGGACAAUCGGCCCGAGAAGAGACCCUCAAAGAUCCCCACUCCAAUCAGCUGCAGGCAAGCGCAGAAAUCUCCGCGGUCGCCUCAGCAUUCUCUGCUGGACGGCAGUCACUCCAGGAGGAAACUGAAACACAAACUGAUCCUGUACAGUGAAGACCUGCAGAGUUCGAGGGAGGAUCUCUCGUCUUCACCCACCUCCGAUAGUGGGAGAGCCCCAAACCUCAACCAGGACGAAGGUUCCUGGGUUUAAUCCUCGAUGUUUACAGCUCAAGAGUUUCGUUGCUAAUUCCUUCCAUUUUUGUUUAACCAUGUCAUUCAAUGUGUAUCAGGUGGACAGCAAUACAGAUCUGUGUAGAAACUCAAUCUCCCUCUGUCUUCAACGUCUUCUGGUUGGGAGAGGAGACAUGGAUAGGCGAGGUCUUUGGGAGCCUCCAAUAACCUGGCAGUGUUCAGUUUCCCAGCUCGUUGCGCCUAGAGAUUAUUCUUGCAAUUAGUAUGAUACCUGAUGCGCAUUGCAAGGAUUGUUUUACAUUUCCACGCUCAUCUGUCGACAGUACCGACUGUAGACAGGGCUCCAUCACUUAGCGGAGCCCUUGAGUAGAGCGGGUGAAUGGAGACCAUUUGAAGUGUAACACAAAACGCCGCCGUGUUGGCCAUUGGUUAUUUGGGUGCGGCGGGUCAGUCUGGAUAGUUGAGGCGGGCUGGUGUAGGAGCUGGGCAUUGGUUAAAUGGAGCCGUGUGGGUAUGUAGGUACAACCGGCCAGAGUACCGAUGGCACACUGGUUCAAAUAAUCUGUAUCUGCAAUUCAGAACUGAACAAAUCCCCUUUUCCUCCCCACGCCUUCCACUGAGACCUGGGUGGGGUUCAGUGCUGUUCCUGGCCCGAUAACGUUGUGCUGAUUUUCCGCUUUAGUGUAUUUCCGAAAGGAGGUUGGAGACGGGGCGGGGACAGACAACAGCCGCCGUCACGUGUAGCAGUUCAGCAAGAACUUAAAGCUAAUGCUGGCCAUUCUAUAUGUGGCUUUCUACUUAUUAACCAAACAGUGUACUUAAUAAUUGUGCUAAAGGGCAGUUUACUUAGUGUAAAAUGGAUAAUCUCUGUGCUAUUCACUUUUGUCAGCCCAGAGUUGUGUUGCUCGGGCUUUGUGUUGGCGCUCUGAACGCCAGACUGUUACUUAGAAGAGGAGUUAUUUUUUUCUUAAACGGGAGCCUUCACAUUCCAUUCACUGGUGUCAAAUGCACAAAAAGUUGACAGCCAAUUUGCAGCUGACUUCACCGAAGAACAAAUGACCAGAGCUACUGAAUUGUGUUACCGCGCUAGGCUAAUAGAACUGGACUGCCAAGGGUUAAUAUAUAUUUAAAAAUGCCCGUUGUCGUUUUGAACCACAGCGGUUUUCAUGGUUGCAUGUAAGGAAUCGGAAAUCAGAGACUUGGGUGCGGCUCCUCGGGUAACGCUGUGACAUUUUAUGCAUUGUUUGCACACUAAACUCUCAAACUUUCAAUCAAUCCAUUUUCCCCCUGCUGCACACGGGUACCCCAGAACCCCAGUGGCGCGCUUUGGAAUUAUGCUUUUGAAACAGAAUUGCGGGUGGCUCCAUUGCGUAAUUCCUAGCCUGUGGAUUGUUCUUUAUCUCAGGAACCCGAUGAGUCAGUUUGUGUUCAUUCUGCGAGGUAAUGUGAAGAGAUAUGAAAGCGGCCCUGAAUAUUUUGAGCUCGACUGUAGUUCAGCUCACCGCGCCGCGUUCCAAGGCUCACCAUCCGCAAGCACAAUUUGUUCCCUAGGUCUUUAAUUUAAGACCACAAUAUAAAUGCUAUCGGCGCACUGUCAGUCACAGCAGAGGACAUUGGCAAAGAAUUUAGACAUUAUUUGGAGGUGACUUCACAAGAGUGUGAAUUAUUUUGUAGAGCGUUCUCUUAAAGGGUUUUCUGGGGGGCUUGGAUAGGGAAAUUUGUAGUAUGAAUGUUGUGCAACUUUACUUUUCCUCCCUGCUGCUGGAUUCUCGGACUUCCUCCAAGUCCGAGAUCUGCUGUUCCCAGGGAUGGGAUGUUGCUAUUCCUGGUACCAUCCAACCCCCAGCAUCACACCCAUCCUCGGGCACUGAAGGCGUGCGCCAAGGUGACCCCCGUGCCACGUUCUGGUGCUGCGGUGGCCACUCGGGAUGGCUUUGCAGCUGCCCAGAUGCCAAACAGCGAGGCCAUGGGCAGUUUGGGAAUAAGAACAUACAUUUGCACUCCGGGCGUGCAGUGUACCAGCCACCGCCCCCCCCCCCCCAACUCCCCACACACCCCGCCCCCCGGCCAAUCCCUCCACACUGCGGCGCAGUGGAGGGGGAGUGUGGGUACCAGCUGGCGGGAGGAAGGGAAACUGCACAGAACUGGUCACCUGACGCCGUGUCUGACUCCGAGACCCGAGGGAGCCGCGGCCGGAGUUCCAUUCAUUCUUCACCCACUUACUCUUUCUCUCCUGCUUCACUAAUUUAGUCACUCGCCGUCACCUGUUCGAGCUCUGAUCUGUAUGGUGCUAUUUACCAAAGAAGUAUCACUGGGUUUUAAGUUUUCUCUAAUAUAUCUGAUUGGUGAUUUAUAAUUGCAAACUUUCAAAUACGGACACUUGUGGAAAUUGCAAAUUUAAGACUUGCUGUAUCCAUUCCUUGUGGAUUUUUCUCCCUAUCGUCAUUCCCCUCUUCCCCCCCGACCUCCUCUCCUCCCCUCUCCCCCC